GGCUACAGAUAGCAGUAUGCUAGCAGAGGCUAGUGGUGUCACAGGGAUUCAUGAACUACAUUUACGACAUAGAUUUUAAUACUUUAAUUGAGACUUAGCCAUGUCUCAGGUAGAGAAGAAGACAGGUCUGCUUAGGAGGACAUCGUCGUCUAAAAAACCCUUGAAAGAGAAGGUGGUGCUGAUGUAUGAUGAGAUUUUUGCGAAAGAGGACCCAGCCAAAAAUAACCCUCGCUUCUGGGAUGAGCUGUUUCUUAUGAAGGUGAACCUAGAGUACCUGGAGUCUAAGUUGGAGAGUGUAGAUGGGGAAGAAGUUCAGCGCAUUCAAGACAACAUCAACUCGCUUUUUCACCACUGUGUUCAGGCUCUGGGAGAGGAGCACCAGAUCAAAGUGGUCAAUGCCCUGCAGACUCUGUGUGCACUUUUCCGAGGGGUUCAUCAGAAGAACAGGUCGGCGUCGGGCUUUGACAUCAUCAACAUGCUCAUGGGGUUUGACAAGGCCGAGCAAAGGAUGAAGGACCUGAUGGAGAGACUGGACAGUCUUCUUUGUGGAGACGGCUCAGAGAGUCUGAAGAGCCUUUGUCUAAAGUUGCUGCUGUGUCUGGUGACGGUAACAGACAAUAUUAGUCAGAACACCAUACUGGAAUAUGUGAUGAUCAACAGCAUCUUUGAAGCCAUUUUACAAAUUCUGUCAGAUGUCUCCAGUAGAGGGCAGCAUGGUUAUGAUGCUGUGGUCCUUCUGGCCCUCCUGGUCAACUACAGGAAAUAUGAGUCUGUGAAUCCUUACAUUGUGAAGCUCUCCAUUGUGGACGACGAGCCGACAUUAGAUGGAAUGGGCAUGGUUGUCCACCAAGCUCUGACAGAAUAUAACAGGCAGUACAAAGACAAAGAGGAGGAGAACCAGGGUGGGUUCUUCUCUACCCUAACUAGUAUGGUGGGCAGCAUGUUUAUAGCAGAUGCUGAUGAGAAACUGUCUGUACAGACAAAUGAGGCGAUUCUGCUGGCACUGUACGAGGCUGUGCACCUUAACCGCAACUUCAUCACUGUAUUAGCACAGAGCCACCCUGAGAUUGACAUCGUAACCACACCUACCACCCCUACUCCAACAACACCUACAACACCGCUGGGCACAACGCCUCCCUCCCUAGACAUGAUGAACAACCCAGAACUGCCUCUGGAUCCCAACCUGCAGACCAGCAACCUUCUCAUCACCUUCCUCAAGUACGCCUCCAUUGUAAUGCAGGAUACUAAAGACGAGCAUCGACUCAACAGUGCCAGACUGUGCCUAAUCAUCCUCACCUGCAUAGCCGAGGACCAGUACGCUGAUGCCUUUCUCCAUGACGACAAUAUGAACUUCAGAGUAAAUCUCCACAGAAUGCCCAUGAGGCACAGGAAAAAAGCAGUGGACAAGAACAUCCCCUCACGGCCGCUGGUGUGUGCUGUUCUGGACCUGAUGGUGGAGUUUAUUGUCACUCAUAUGAUGAAGGAUUUCCCCAUGGAUUUAUACUUACGCUGCGUGCAGAUCAUCCACAAACUCCUGUGCUACCAGAAGAAAUGCAGAAUCAGAUUACACUACACGUGGAGAGAGCUCUGGUCAGCUCUCAUCAACCUGCUAAAGUUCCUGCUGUCCAACGAGACCACGCUGCUGGCCAAGCACAACAUCUUUCAUCUGGCCUUACUGGUAGUGAACCUGUUCAACAUGUUCAUAACAUACGGCGACACUUUCCUGCCCACCUCCAACAGCUACGACGAGCUGUACUAUGAAAUUGUACGAAUGCACCAGGUCUUCGACAACCUCUAUUGUAUGGUUUUGAGAGUAUCAACCAACACAGGCCAGUGGAAGGAGGCAGCCAGCAAAGUCACACAUGCCCUUGUCAACGUUCGGGCCAUCAUCAAUCAUUUUAACCCCAAGAUCGAGUCGUACGCUGCCGUGAACCACAUCUCCCAGCUGUCAGAAGAUCAGGUGUUGGAGGUGGUACGAUCCAACUAUGACACACUGACCCUCAAACUGCAGGAUGGUCUGGACCAGUUUGAGAGGUACUCGGAGCAGCCCAAAGAGGCUGCUUUCUUCAAGGAGCUGGUGCGCUCCAUCAGUCUGAAUGUGAGGAAGAAUGUCUCUUUGAACACACUGAGUCAGGACGUCCUGCUCAAAGAGUUCUCCACCAUCUCCUGAGACACACACACACACACAGUCUUCACAUCCCUUCUCAUGGACAUACACAGUGCAUUUUAUGUGUGUGUGGACAUGUACACAUACUUAAACAUACACAAACCAGUGCAAUCCUCAAUUGUUCUUUCCAUCAGUCUUCAUUUCUCAUCUUCUGUCUCCUGUGAACUGAACAAUGGAAAACCCACAGAGACGGACUCACUCACAGGCUGGAUGCACCUUAAGGAAAAACCAUGCAAACUUUCUGCACUCGCUUCCUCUGUGGUCGUUCGUGAGUGUGUGUGUGUGUGUGUGUGUGUGUGUGUGUGUGUGUGUGUGUGUGUGUGUGUGUGUGUGUGUGUGUGUGUGUGUGUGUGUGAUUGUUUAAGGAAGUGCCCGUGUUGCACUGGUGUCUCGUGCAAUCUGCAGUAUUGGCUGGACUGUUAACUGACACAUGAACGUUUGAGACAGUAAAACAAAGUAUUUUUAACCCACAUUUUCAUCUCCACCUUUUCUGCCACUGAUGACGUUGUAAGUAGCUUCUGAUGUCAAACUGAUCAAAGUAAAUGAUUCAUGAGAAAUCGCUCCUGUAAUUAUCUCAGAAGAUUUAGGCUUUUAUGUUCUUCCUAACAGCGUUGGUAAUGGGGAUCCUGAGUCUUUUUGAGUUUGAAUCUUAUUCUAAAUCCCCUUGGAUUAGAGCAUUAACUUUUUCUUUGCCGCUGAAUGCUUGCUGUGUGGAUGUUAACAUCAUUCUCUACAUGUUCAAAACAAAUUUAAAGUAUUUUGUAUUUCCGUGUUUGCUAAGGAGUAGAACAUCGGAGUAACUGAGUUGAGGACGAUCUGAAGUGAUAAAAACCUUUUUGUUGUUGUUGCAAACCUUUGUUUUUGAACAAAGCCAUGAUUAACAUUGACGACCGUACAUCGCACAAGUUAUUUUUAAAUUAGUUUAACAAAUGAAUUCUAAUGUGUUGGACUGAGUGGCCAGUGGAGAAGGAAAAGUGUUCAGACAGCGGUGAAACAUAAGUGAUCGUUGCUGAUGUGUUUCUGGCGCAUAUGAAGUCAGUUUGGAGAAGAAAAGGAUUCAUACAUUCACCCUUUUGAACUCCUUCUUGCCCUUUCUUAUUCAGAACAUUAGAAUUUUUUUUUUGACUGGAAGCAGAUCUGAAUUAUGCAAUUUCUUCAAGUGUAGGGUCUUCUUUCUUUCAUCUCGAAUUCCUCUAGGUAUAUUUAUGUUUCUUUUUUUAAAAAUAAAGGUUGAUUUCCUACUGUU